GGGAAUGGUGUAUUCUAGAUUAAUGCAAAGCAUUUAGAUAAAUUUAGGCAUUUAAGUAGGAUUUUCAUAGAGAUUGUGAACCUGUGCCCUUAAUAAAUUGGUAACUUAUGUUUCUUUUCAUAGAGUGGGUGGACUCAUGGACCUGAUACUUUUCUCUUGAGAAAUAAACUAGAUCAAAAGAAAAAUGGCAUUUGUUGCAACACAAGGGGCCACAGUGGUUGACCAAACCACUCUGAUGAAAAAAUAUCUCCAGUUUGUGGCAGCUCUCACAGAUGUAAAUACCCCUGAUGAAACAAAGUUAAAAAUGAUGCAAGAAGUUAGCGAAAAUUUUGAGAAUGUAACAUCAUCUCCUCAAUAUUCUACAUUCCUGGAACAUAUCAUCCCUCGGUUUCUUACAUUUCUUCAAGAUGGAGAAGUUCAGUUUCUUCAGGAGAAACCAGCUCAGCAAUUGCGGAAACUAGUUCUUGAAAUCAUCCAUAGAAUACCAACCAAUGAACAUCUUCGUCCUCAUACCAAAAAUGUUCUGUCUGUGAUGUUUCGCUUUUUAGAGACGGAAAAUGAAGAAAACGUCCUUAUUUGUCUAAGAAUAAUUAUUGAGCUACACAAACAAUUCAGGCCGCCCAUCACACAAGAAAUUCAUCAUUUUUUGGAUUUUGUGAAACAGAUUUAUAAGGAGCUUCCAAAAGUAGUGAACCGCUACUUUGAGAACCCUCAGGUGAUCCCUGAGAACACAGUCCCUCCCCCGGAAAUGGUUGGUAUGAUCACAGCAAUUGCUGUGAAGGUCAAUCCCGAGCGUGAGGACGGUGAGACGAGAACACAUUCCAUCAUUCCAAGAGGAUCUCUUUCUCUGAAAGUAUUGGCAGAAUUGCCAAUUAUUGUUGUUUUAAUGUAUCAGCUCUACAAACUGAAUAUCCACAAUGUUGUUGCUGAAUUUGUGCCCCUGAUCAUGAAUACCAUUGCAAUUCAGGUGUCCACACAGGCCAGGCAACAUAAGCUUUACAACAAGGAGUUGUAUGCUGAUUUCAUUGCUGCUCAGAUUAAAACAUUGUCAUUUUUAGCUUAUAUCAUCAGAAUUUACCAGGAGUUGGUGACUAAAUACUCUCAGCAAAUGGUAAAAGGAAUGUUACAGUUGCUUUCAAAUUGCCCAGCAGAGACUGCACACCUCAGAAAGGAGCUUCUGAUCGCUGCAAAGCACAUCCUCACGACAGAGCUGAGAAACCAGUUCAUCCCUUGCAUGGACAAGCUGUUUGAUGAAUCCAUACUAAUUGGCUCAGGAUAUACUGCUCGAGAGACGCUCAGGCCCCUUGCCUACAGCACUCUGGCUGACCUCGUGCACCACGUUCGUCAGCAUCUGCCCCUCAGUGACCUCUCCCUCGCUGUCCAGCUCUUUGCUAAGAACAUUGAUGACGAGUCCCUGCCCAGCAGCAUCCAGACCAUGUCCUGCAAGCUCCUGUUGAACCUGGUGGACUGCAUCCGCUCCAAGAGCGAACAGGAGAGCGGCAACGGGAGAGACGUCCUGAUGCGGAUGCUGGAGGUUUUUGUUCUCAAAUUCCACACCAUUGCUCGCUACCAGCUCUCUGCCAUUUUUAAGAAGUGCAAGCCUCAGUCAGAACUCGGAGCCGUGGAAGCAGCUCUGCCGGGAGUGCCCGCUGCCCCCACAGCUCCGGGCCCUGCCCCAUCCCCAGCCCCUGUUCCCACCACUAUGCCGUCCUUUGAGAAGCAAGGAGAAAAGGACAAGGAGGACAAGCAGACAUUUCAAGUCACGGAUUGCCGAAGUUUGGUAAAAACCUUGGUCUGUGGUGUCAAGACAAUCACGUGGGGCAUAACGUCAUGUAAAGCGCCUGGUGAAGCUCAGUUCAUUCCUAACAAGCAGUUACAGCCCAAAGAAACUCAGAUUUACAUAAAACUUGUGAAAUAUGCAAUGCAGGCUUUAGAUAUUUAUCAGGUCCAGAUAGCAGGAAAUGGACAAACAUACAUUCGAGUAGCAAACUGCCAGACUGUUAGAAUGAAGGAAGAGAAGGAGGUAUUGGAACACUUUGCUGGUGUGUUUACAAUGAUGAAUCCCUUAACAUUUAAAGAAAUAUUUCAAACUACAGUUCCUUAUAUGGUGGAAAGAAUCUCAAAGAAUUAUGCUCUUCAGAUUGUUGCCAAUUCCUUCUUGGCAAAUCCUACUACCUCUGCUCUGUUUGCUACAAUUCUGGUGGAAUAUCUCCUUGAUCGCCUGCCAGAAAUGGGCUCCAACGUGGAGCUCUCUAACCUGUACCUCAAGCUAUUUAAAUUGGUCUUUGGCUCAGUCUCCCUCUUUGCAGCUGAAAAUGAACAAAUGCUAAAGCCCCACCUGCACAAGAUUGUGAACAGCUCCAUGGAGCUCGCACAGACUGCCAAAGAGCCCUAUAACUACUUCCUGCUGCUUCGGGCCCUGUUCCGCUCUAUUGGGGGCGGUAGCCAUGAUCUCCUGUAUCAGGAAUUUUUGCCUCUUCUUCCAAACCUCUUGCAAGGGCUGAACAUGUUGCAGAGCGGCCUGCAUAAGCAGCACAUGAAGGAUCUCUUCGUGGAGCUGUGUCUCACGGUGCCUGUACGGCUGAGCUCUCUCUUGCCGUAUUUGCCCAUGUUAAUGGAUCCUUUGGUGUCUGCUCUCAAUGGCUCUCAGACGUUGGUCAGCCAAGGCCUGAGGACUCUGGAGUUGUGUGUGGACAACCUGCAGCCCGAUUUCCUGUAUGACCACAUUCAGCCAGUACGCGCAGAGCUCAUGCAGGCUUUAUGGCGUACUUUACGCAAUCCUGCUGAUAGCAUUUCUCAUGUAGCCUAUCGUGUACUUGGUAAAUUUGGUGGCAGUAACAGGAAGAUGUUAAAGGAAUCCCAGAAGCUGCACUAUGUUUUGACUGAAGUUCAAGGCCCCAGUAUUACAGUGGAGUUCUCCGAUUGUAAAGCAUCUCUUCAGCUUCCAAUGGAGAAGGCCAUUGAAACCGCUCUGGACUGCCUGAAAAGUGCCAACACUGAGCCCUACUACCGGAGGCAGGCGUGGGAAGUGAUCAAGUGCUUCCUGGUGGCAAUGAUGAGUCUAGAGGACAAUAAACAUGCUCUCUAUCAGCUCCUUGCACACCCUAACUUUACAGAAAAGACCAUACCUAAUGUCAUCAUAUCACAUCGCUACAAAGCACAAGAUACUCCAGCUCGGAAGACAUUUGAGCAGGCUUUGACCGGGGCAUUCAUGUCUGCAGUCAUUAAAGAUCUUCGGCCCAGCGCCCUGCCCUUUGUAGCCAGCCUGAUCCGCCACUACACAAUGGUGGCAGUUGCCCAGCAGUGUGGUCCUUUCUUGCUGCCUUGCUACCAGGUGGGCAGCCAGCCCAGCACAGCCAUGUUUCACAGUGAAGAAAACGGGUCGAAAGGAAUGGAUCCAUUGGUUCUCAUUGAUGCCAUAGCUAUAUGUAUGGCAUAUGAAGAAAAGGAACUUUGCAAGAUUGGAGAGGUGGCUCUUGCUGUGAUAUUUGAUGUUGCAAGUAUCAUCCUGGGCUCAAAGGAGAGGGCAUGCCAGCUGCCUCUGUUUUCUUACAUUGUGGAGCGCUUGUGUGCGUGUUGUUAUGAGCAGGCCUGGUAUGCAAAGUUGGGGGGUGUGGUGUCCAUUAAGUUUCUCAUGGAGCGGCUGCCGCUCACCUGGGUUCUGCAGAACCAGCAGACAUUCCUCAAAGCGCUUCUCUUUGUCAUGAUGGACUUAACUGGAGAGGUUUCCAAUGGGGCCGUUGCCAUGGCCAAAACCACGCUGGAGCAGCUUCUGAUGAGGUGUGCGACACCUUUAAAAGAGGAGGAGAGAGUGGAAGAGAUUGUGGCAGCUCAGGAAAAGUCUUUUCACCACGUGACACACGACUUGGUUCGAGAAGUCACCUCUCCAAAUUCCACUGUGAGGAAACAGGCUAUGCAUUCACUGCAAGUUUUGGCCCAGGUCACUGGAAAAAGUGUGACAGUGAUAAUGGAACCCCAUAAAGAGGUCCUCCAGGAUAUGGUCCCACCUAAGAAGCAUUUGCUCAGACACCAGCCUGCCAAUGCACAGAUCGGCCUGAUGGAGGGGAACACGUUCUGUACCACAUUGCAGCCCAGGCUCUUCACAAUGGAUCUUAACGUGGUGGAGCAUAAGGUGUUCUACACAGAGCUUUUGAAUUUGUGUGAGGCUGAAGAUUCAGCUUUAACAAAGCUGCCCUGUUACAAAAGUCUUCCAUCACUCGUGCCUUUGAGAAUUGCAGCACUAAAUGCACUUGCUGCCUGCAAUUACCUUCCUCAGUCCAGAGAGAAGAUCAUUGCUGCACUCUUCAAAGCACUUAAUUCCACAAAUAGUGAGCUCCAGGAGGCUGGAGAAGCCUGCAUGCGAAAGUUUUUAGAAGGUGCUACCAUAGAAGUAGAUCAAAUCCACACACAUAUGCGACCUUUGUUGAUGAUGCUGGGGGAUUAUCGAAGUUUGACGCUGAAUGUUGUGAAUCGUCUGACUUCGGUUACCAGGCUCUUCCCAAACUCCUUCAAUGAUAAAUUCUGUGAUCAGAUGAUGCAACAUCUGCGAAAGUGGAUGGAAGUGGUGGUCCUCACCCACAAAGGGGGCCAGAGGAGCGACGGAAACGAAAGCAUUUCAGAGUGCGGGAGAUGUUCCUUGUCUCCAUUCUGUCAGUUUGAGGAAAUGAAAAUUUGUUCAGCAAUUAUAAACCUUUUUCAUCUGAUCCCAGCUGCACCUCAAACUCUGGUCAAGCCUUUGUUAGAGGUUGUGAUGAAAACAGAACGGGCUAUGUUGAUUGAGGCUGGCAGUCCCUUCAGAGAGCCUCUGAUCAAGUUCCUGACUCGGCACCCUUCGCAGACAGUGGAGCUGUUCAUGAUGGAGGCAACAUUGAAUGAUCCUCAGUGGAGCAGAAUGUUUAUGAGUUUUUUAAAACACAAAGAUGCCAGACCUCUGCGAGAUGUGCUGGCUGCUAACCCCAACAGGUUCAUCACCCUGCUGCUGCCCGGCGGCGCUCAGACUGCCAUGCGCCCUGGCUCGCCCAGCACCAGCACAAUGCGCCUGGAUCUUCAGUUUCAGGCCAUCAAGAUCAUAAGUAUUAUAGUUAAAAACAAUGACUCCUGGCUGGCCAAUCAGCAUUCUCUGGUGAGCCAGCUGAGACGCGUGUGGAUCAGUGAAACCUUUCAAGAAAGACACCGGAAGGAGAACAUGGCUGCCACAAACUGGAAGGAGCCCAAGCUGCUGGCCUAUUGUCUGCUGAAUUAUUGCAAGAGGAAUUAUGGAGACAUAGAACUGCUGUUCCAGCUGCUCCGCGCCUUCACUGGCCGUUUCCUCUGCAACAUGACAUUCUUAAAGGAGUAUAUGGAGGAAGAGAUUCCCAGAAACUAUAGCAUUGCUCAAAAACGUGCCCUGUUUUUUCACUUUGUGGAUUUCAGUGACCCCAGCUUUGGAGAUGAACUGAAAGCCAAGGUUCUGCAGCAUAUCUUGAAUCCUGCUUUCUUAUACAGCUUUGAGAAGGGGGAAGGAGAGCAACUCUUAGGACCUCCCAAUCCGGAAGGCGAUAACCCAGAAAGCAUCACCAGUGUGUUUAUAACCAAGGUCCUGGACCCAGAGAAGCAGGCGGACAUGCUGGACUCCCUGAGGAUUUACCUCCUGCAGUAUGCCACGCUGCUGGUGGAGCACGCCCCCCACCACAUCCACGACAACAACAAGAACCGCAACAGCAAGCUGCGCCGCCUGAUGACCUUCGCCUGGCCCUGCCUGCUCUCCAAGGCCUGUGUAGACCCAGCUUGCAAAUACAGUGGGCACUUACUUCUGGCACACAUUAUUGCCAAAUUUGCAAUACAUAAGAAAAUUGUCCUGCAGGUUUUUCACAGUCUUCUCAAGGCCCAUGCAAUGGAAGCUCGAGCAAUUGUCAGACAAGCGAUGGCCAUUUUGACUCCAGCAGUGCCAGCCAGAAUGGAGGAUGGUCACCAGAUGCUGACCCACUGGACAAGGAAGAUCAUUGUGGAGGAGGGGCACACAGUUCCUCAGCUGGUUCAUAUUUUGCACUUGAUAGUGCAGCAUUUUAAGGUGUACUACCCCGUGCGGCACCACUUGGUACAGCACAUGGUCAGUGCCAUGCAGAGGUUGGGCUUCACACCCAGCGUCACCAUUGAGCAGAGAAGGCUGGCUGUGGACCUGUCGGAGGUUGUCAUCAAGUGGGAGCUCCAGAGGAUCAAGGACCAGCAGCCGGAUUCAGAUAUGGAUCCAAAUUCCAGUGGAGAAGGAGUCAACUCUGUGUCAUCUUCCAUUAAAAGAGGCCUCUCAGUGGAUUCUGCCCAGGAAGUGAAACGCUUUAGGACGGCUACAGGAGCAAUCAGCGCGGUGUUUGGGAGGAGCCAGUCGCUGCCUGGAGCGGACUCCCUUCUUGCCAAGCCAAUUGAUAAACAGCACACGGACACCGUGGUGAACUUCCUCAUCCGGGUGGCUUGUCAGGUUAAUGACAACACCAACACUGCCGGGUCUCCUGGGGAGGUGCUUUCUCGCCGGUGUGUGACCCUCUUGAAAACUGCCUUGCGACCAGACAUGUGGUCAAAGUCUGAGCUCAAACUGCAGUGGUUCGACAAGCUGCUGAUGAGUGUGGAGCAGCCUAAUCAAGUUAACUAUGGAAAUAUUUGCACGGGCUUGGAAGUGCUGAGUUUCUUGCUCACUGUUCUCCAGUCUCCAGCCAUCCUCAGUAGCUUCAAACCCCUGCAGCGUGGAAUCGCUGCCUGUAUGACGUGUGGAAACACCAAAGUGUUACGAGCAGUCCAUAGCCUUCUCUCACGUCUAAUGAGCAUUUUCCCAACAGAGCCAAGCACGUCCAGUGUGGCCUCUAAGUACGAAGAGCUGGAAUGCCUCUAUGCGGCCGUAGGGAAGGUCAUCUAUGAAGGACUCACCAACUAUGAGAAGGCCACCAACGCGAAUCCCUCCCAGCUCUUUGGGACCCUUAUGAUCCUCAAGUCUGCCUGCAGCAACAACCCGAGCUACAUAGACAGGCUGAUCUCAGUCUUCAUGCGCUCCCUGCAGAAGAUGGUCCGAGAACACCUCAAUCCGCAGGCAGCCUCCGGCAGCACAGAGGCAACCUCAGGAACUAGUGAGCUGGUGAUGCUGAGUCUGGAGCUGGUGAAAACACGCCUGGCUGUGAUGAGCCUGGAGAUGAGGAAGAACUUUAUUCAGGCCAUCCUGACCUCCCUCAUUGAAAAAUCACUUGAUGCCAAAAUCCUCCGGGCUGUGGUUAAAAUUGUGGAAGAGUGGGUUAAAAAUAAUUCCCCAAUGGCAGCCAAUCAGACACCUACUCUCCGGGAGAAGUCCAUUUUGCUUGUGAAAAUGAUGACCUACAUAGAAAAGCGUUUUCCAGAAGACCUUGAGUUAAACGCACAGUUCUUAGACCUUGUUAACUAUGUCUACAGGGACGAGGCACUGUCUGGCAGUGAGCUGACUGCAAAACUCGAGCCUGCCUUUCUCUCUGGGCUGCGUUGUGCCCAGCCACUCAUCAGGGCGAAGUUUUUCGAGGUUUUUGACAACUCUAUGAAACGUCGGGUUUACGAGCGUCUGCUUUAUGUGACCUGCUCCCAGAAUUGGGAAGCCAUGGGGAACCACUUUUGGAUUAAGCAGUGCAUCGAGCUUCUCUUGGCCGUGUGUGAGAAGAGCACUCCCAUUGGUACCAGCUGCCAAGGAGCUAUGCUCCCGUCCAUCACCAAUGUCAUCAACCUGGCCGACAGCCAUGAUCGAGCAGCCUUUGCCAUGGUCACACAUGUCAAGCAGGAGCCUCGGGAGCGAGAGAACAGCGAGUCCAAAGAGGAGGAUGUUGAGAUAGAUAUUGAACUAGCUCCUGGAGAUCAGACCAGCACACCCAAAACCAAAGAACUUUCUGAAAAGGACAUUGGAAACCAGCUGCAUAUGUUAACCAACAGACAUGACAAAUUUCUUGAUACUCUCCGAGAAGUGAAGACCGGGGCCCUGCUCAGUGCCUUCGUCCAGCUGUGCCACAUUUCCACCACCCUGGCCGAGAAGACCUGGGUCCAGCUUUUCCCCAGAUUGUGGAAAAUUCUGUCUGACCGACAGCAGCAUGCGCUAGCUGGUGAGAUUAGCCCGUUCCUGUGCAGUGGCAGUCACCAGGUGCAGCGGGAUUGUCAGCCCAGCGCACUGAACUGCUUUGUGGAAGCCAUGUCCCAGUGUGUCCCUCCGAUCCCCAUCAGACCCUGCGUUCUGAAGUACUUGGGGAAAACACACAACCUUUGGUUCCGCUCCACAUUAAUGCUAGAGCACCAGGCUUUUGAAAAAGGUCUGAGUCUGCAGAUUAAGCCAAAGCAAACAACGGAAUUUUAUGAGCAGGAGAGCAUAACUCCACCUCAGCAGGAGAUACUGGAUUCCCUUGCAGAACUUUACUCUUUGUUACAAGAGGAAGAUAUGUGGGCUGGUUUGUGGCAGAAGCGUUGCAAGUAUUCUGAGACAGCAACUGCUAUUGCUUACGAACAGCAUGGAUUCUUUGAGCAGGCACAAGAGUCCUAUGAGAAGGCAAUGGAUAAAGCCAAAAAAGAGCAUGAGAGGAGCAGCGCAUCCCCUGCUAUUUUCCCAGAGUACCAGCUCUGGGAGGACCACUGGAUUCGGUGCUCUAAGGAAUUGAACCAGUGGGAAGCCUUGACGGAGUACGGCCAGUCCAAGGGUCACAUAAACCCUUACCUCGUCCUGGAGUGUGCUUGGCGCGUGUCUAACUGGACAGCCAUGAAGGAGGCGUUGGUGCAGGUAGAAGUAAGUUGUCCCAAGGAGAUGGCUUGGAAGGUCAACAUGUACCGUGGAUACUUGGCUAUCUGCCAUCCUGAGGAGCAACAGCUCAGCUUCAUCGAACGCCUGGUGGAAAUGGCCAGCAGUUUGGCCAUCCGUGAGUGGCGGCGCUUGCCUCAUGUGGUGUCCCAUGUGCACACGCCUCUUCUCCAGGCCGCCCAGCAAAUCAUUGAACUUCAGGAAGCUGCGCAAAUAAAUGCAGGUUUGCAGCCGACCAACCUGGGAAGGAACAACAGCCUGCACGACAUGAAGACGGUGGUAAAGACCUGGAGGAACAGGCUGCCCAUUGUGUCCGACGACUUGUCCCACUGGAGCAGCGUCUUCAUGUGGCGGCAGCAUCAUUACCAGGGUAAACCUACCUGGUCCGGCAUGCAUUCAUCAUCUAUUGUAACUGCGUAUGAAAAUAGUUCUCAGCAUGAUCCAAGUUCUAAUAAUGCUAUGCUUGGAGUUCAUGCAUCAGCUUCAGCAAUCAUCCAGUAUGGAAAAAUUGCCCGGAAACAAGGACUGGUCAAUGUAGCUCUGGAUAUAUUAAGUCGUAUUCAUACUAUUCCAACUGUUCCUAUCGUGGAUUGCUUCCAGAAGAUCCGACAGCAAGUCAAAUGCUACCUCCAACUGGCCGGAGUCAUGGGGAAAAACGAGUGUAUGCAGGGACUUGAAGUUAUAGAAUCUACAAACUUAAAAUACUUCACAAAAGAGAUGACAGCUGAAUUUUAUGCACUGAAGGGAAUGUUCUUGGCUCAGAUUAACAAGUCUGAGGAAGCAAACAAAGCCUUUUCUGCAGCUGUGCAGAUGCAUGAUGUGCUGGUGAAGGCUUGGGCCAUGUGGGGCGAUUACCUGGAGAACAUCUUCGUGAAGGAGCGGCAGCUGCAUCUCGGAGUGUCUGCCAUUACCUGUUACCUGCAUGCAUGCCGGCAUCAGAACGAGAGCAAAUCAAGGAAAUACUUAGCCAAGGUGCUGUGGCUUUUAAGUUUCGAUGAUGAUAAAAACACUUUGGCAGAUGCCGUUGACAAGUACUGCAUUGGUGUGCCACCCAUCCAGUGGCUGGCCUGGAUCCCGCAGCUGCUCACCUGCCUGGUGGGCUCAGAAGGAAAGCUGCUUUUGAACCUCAUCAGCCAGGUCGGACGCGUGUAUCCCCAGGCAGUCUACUUUCCCAUCCGGACCCUGUACCUGACUCUGAAAAUAGAGCAGCGGGAACGCUACAAGAGUGAUCCAGGGCCCAUAAGAGCAACAGCACCCAUGUGGCGCUGCAGCCGAAUCAUGCACAUGCAGCGGGAACUGCACCCAACCCUUCUGUCUUCCCUGGAAGGCAUCGUCGAUCAGAUGGUCUGGUUCCGUGAAAACUGGCACGAAGAGGUUCUCAGGCAGCUCCAACAGGGCCUGGCAAAAUGUUACUCUGUCGCCUUUGAGAAAAGCGGAGCGGUGUCCGAUGCCAAAAUCACCCCCCACACUCUGAACUUCGUCAAGAAGCUGGUGAGCACGUUCGGGGUGGGCCUGGAGAACGUCUCCAACGUCUCCACCAUGUUCUCCAGCGCAGCCUCCGAGUCUCUAGCCAGGCGGGCGCAGGCCACUGCGCAGGACCCUGUCUUCCAGAAGCUGAAGGGCCAGUUCACCACCGAUUUUGACUUCAGUGUUCCAGGAUCCAUGAAGCUUCACAACCUCAUUUCUAAAUUGAAAAAGUGGAUCAAAAUUCUGGAGGCCAAAACCAAGCAACUUCCAAAAUUCUUCCUCAUAGAAGAAAAGUGUCGGUUUUUGAGCAAUUUCUCCGCGCAGACAGCUGAAGUGGAAAUCCCAGGGGAGUUCCUGAUGCCAAAGCCGACGCACUAUUAUAUCAAGAUCGCUCGGUUUAUGCCCAGGGUGGAAAUUGUGCAGAAGCACAACACCGCAGCCAGGAGGCUGUACAUCCGCGGGCACAACGGCAAGAUCUACCCGUACCUGGUCAUGAACGACGCCUGCCUGACAGAGUCGCGGAGGGAGGAGCGCGUGCUCUCUGUGCCACGUGUGCUACAUCAGUGCGCUGAAGCGAGGGCAGGCCUGUGGCGACGCUCUCUCAGCUGUCCCGUUCUCUCCCCUUUCUCCUCAGUUCCACGAGUUGUGGCGGUGUCCCCACAGAUGCGCCUCGUGGAAGACAACCCCUCUUCUCUCUCCCUCGUGGAGAUCUACAAGCAGCGCUGUGCCAAGAAGGGCAUCGAGCACGACAACCCCAUCUCGCGCUACUACGACAGGCUGGCCACGGUGCAGGCGCGUGGGACGCAAGCCAGCCACCAGGUCCUUCGAGACAUCCUCAAGGAAGUGCAGAGCAACAUGGUGCCACGCAGCAUGCUGAAGGAGUGGGCUCUGCACACCUUCCCCAAUGCCACGGACUACUGGACGUUCCGGAAGAUGCUCACCAUCCAGCUCGCACUGAUCGGCUUCGCGGAGUUCGUCCUGCAUUUAAACCGGCUCAACCCCGAGAUGUUACAGAUCGCCCAGGACACUGGCAAACUGAACGUCGCCUACUUCCGCUUUGAUAUCAACGACGCGACUGGAGACCUAGAUGCCAACCGUCCUGUUCCUUUUCGCCUCACGCCCAAUAUUUCCGAAUUUCUGACCACCAUCGGCGUCUCUGGCCCCUUGACCGCCUCCAUGAUUGCUGUUGCCCGGUGCUUUGCUCAGCCAAACUUUAAGGUGGACGGCAUCCUGAAAACUGUGCUUCGGGACGAGAUCAUCGCUUGGCACAAAAAGACACAGGAGGACACCUCUUCUCCUCUCUCGGCCGCCGGGCAGCCCGAGAACAUGGACAGUCAGCAGCUGGUCUCCCUGGUGCAGAAAGCUGUCACCGCCAUCAUGACCCGCCUGCACAACCUCGCCCAGUUUGAAGGCGGGGAGAGCAAAGUGAACACCCUGGUGGCUGCCGCCAACAGCCUGGACAACCUGUGCCGCAUGGACCCCGCCUGGCACCCCUGGCUGUGACAUGGCCACUCCCACCUCGGAGGUGAAGGCUGCCGCUCAGGCUCCCGCACUGGCCUCCCCGCGCCUCCUCUGCCCUGUCCAUGUGAUGCUGGGUCCUCCAGGCUUCCGCGGUACAGUCGUGUCCCUGCUCGCAGUGUGAGAAAGAGGGUGAGUCAGGGUCGAGGGAGCUGAGCCAUGGAGGUGAGGCCACUUGAAAUGCUGGAGUUGAAACUCGAAGCUUUUAAAAUAACCUUUCAGGAAACCAAGAUUCCCUGGCCUGGAGUAGGUGAACGCAUCGCCCCUCCGUCUGCGGGCGGACAGACUGAACUGUAGGAAACAGCUCGGAAUGUCCUUUUUAACUUUCAGUAGUCACACCUGGCGGGAGCUCGUGCUCUGUACAGACCUUUGUAACAGCUGCACAGAAACCCGCCUGGGAAAUUAUGAACACACCCUGCUGGCUUCACCCCAGCACAAACUUCCAUGCUGCGUGGCCAGCACUGGGAACCUCGCCGAGCCCCCGGGGGAGCCGGCAGGUGACUUCCGCUUUCUGUCGGCCAGCUCUUUGAAUGUCUUCUAAGACACUUACUAUCAUUGUACCUGAAAAAAAAAAUCACUUCUUCCUAAUUUAAAAAGAAGCAGCAACAGAAGUUUGUUAGCUCGUCUGUGUUCACAUUUUUAUAAAUAUGAGUAUUGAGAAUGUUCUAUCUAAAUUUGUACAGUGUGAUUUUUUUAGAAUAAAUAUUUUAUAAAAGGA